AUGGCAAAGUCUCUCCAUUACGUCACCCUCGACGUCUUCACCACCAAACGCUUCGAGGGCAACCCUCUGGCCGUUGUCUUCCUCGAGGAUCCCCAGCAAGUAACGCAAGACCAAAAGCAACUCAUUGCCCGAGAAUUCAACUACUCGGAAACCAUCUUCGUUCACCCGCAGGCGCCCGGCCAGCAAAGCCGCAAGAUCGACAUCUUUACGCUUGAUCGAGAACUGCCGUUUGCCGGCCAUCCCACCAUCGGCGCGACCUACUGGUUCCUCCGCUCACAGGGAUAUGGCACCACUGGGCAAACGACAUCCAGUCUUCUGACGAAAGCCGGGGAGAUUCCGAUUUCUCUGUCCACGGAGGAUCCCGCGAAAGUGGCUGCUUCGAUACCGCAUAAUGUGCGCAUCCAUGCCGCUCGAAUGCCAUUGAAGGAGCUGCUCAGGCUACAUCCGGAACUUGAACCUUACCUGGAUGCGUCAGCGCACGCAGAUGGGUUCCCUGUGGUGUCUAUCGUCAAAGGCAUGUCUGCGGUGCACGUCCGGCUCCCGAGCCUUGAAGCACUGGGCAAAGUUACGACUCCGACGGGAGGCUAUGAUAUCCCUGCAGCUACACCAAUGGAGGGAGGAUAUCUUGACGAAGGCUGGGAUGUUCCCGGGCACGUGGCGAUUUACUUUAGGGUUCAUGAUGUGUGGGACGAGAAGCUGCAGAAGAAUGUCAUUCGUAGCCGCAUGCUUGCUGGAACGUUGGAAGAUCCGGCUACCGGUAGUGCGUGUAGUGGGAUGUGUUCCUAUCUGAGUCUGAUGGAAGGGAAAUCAGCUACGUAUCAGGUCGUACAGGGGGCGGAGAUGGGGCAAAGGAGUGAGAUCUCUGUUCGCGUGGAGCUGAAGGAGGACGGCAAGGAGGUCCAGAAGGUUCAACUGCAGGGAAGUGCAGUGAAAGUUGCAGAAGGGGAGCUAUUGCUUUGA